AUGUUCUUUCGACUCAAUUUGUUCUUCCUGAUAGUUUUCUUCAUGCCUAAAGGAUCAUCAUCAAAAUGUACCAGUGGCUGGCAAAAACCAGAAGGGACAUCAGGCUUCUUGUACAUGUAUGUUCGGAAGCGUUUGAGCUUUCAGAAGGCCCAGGAUUCCUGCGUCUCGAUGGGCGGCAAUCUGGUCAGCAUACACAGCAAAAAAGUGAAUGACUGGCUGAGUGACUGGGUCCGAAGGUGCGACAAUGUGGCCGAUCCCUGGAUAGGCCUACGAGAUCCAGGGAACAGGGUAGACAACUUAGCAUGGAUUGACCAAUCACCCUUCGAUUACAAGUACGCUCAUAUCACACUGGAUGACUAUGCUGGCCCUGAGCAGUGUUUGUGUAUAUCGCCUGGAGACACUGGAAGACGUGGAGCAACUAAAAACCUUACUCCGGCCACACUAUGUUUUCCCCUCUCCUCACAGUUAAAAGAAUUCAGGCCUGGCCUACAUGCCACAGACGUCGAUGAAUGUACUGCUGGUACCCACGACUGCCACGCUAAAGCUGAUUGUACAAAUACAGUCGGGGCAUUCACUUGCAAGUGUAAAAGUGGCUUCACUGGCGACGGCAAAGCGUGCACUGACAUAGAUGAAUGCACAACCAGUACCCACGACUGCCACGCUAAAGCUGAUUGUACAAAUACAGUCGGGGCAUUCACUUGCAAGUGUAAAAGUGGCUUCACUGGUGACGGCAAAGCGUGCACUGACAUAGAUGAAUGCACAACCAGUACCCACGACUGCCACGCUGAAGCUGAUUGUACAAAUACAGUCGGGGCAUUCACUUGCAAGUGUAAAAGUGGCUUCACUGGCGACGGCAAAGCGUGCACUGACAUAGAUGAAUGCACAACCAGUACCCACGACUGCCACGCUAAAGCUGAUUGUACAAAUACAGUCGGAGCAUUCACUUGCAAGUGUAAAAGUGGCUUCACUGGUGACGGCAAAGCGUGCACUGACAUAGAUGAAUGCACAACCAGUACCCACGACUGCCACGCUAAAGCUGAUUGUGCAAAUACAGUCGGGGCAUUCACUUGCAAGUGUAAAAGUGGCUUCACUGGUGACGGCAAAACGUGCACUGACAUAGAUGAAUGCACAACCAGUACCCACGACUGCCACGCUAAAGCUGAUUGUACAAAUACAGUCGGGGCAUUCACUUGCAAGUGUAAAAGUGGCUUCACUGGUGACGGCAAAGCGUGCACUGACAUAGAUGAAUGCACAACCAGUACCCGCGACUGCCACGCUAAAGCUGAUUGUGCAAAUACAGUCGGGGCAUUCACUUGCAAGUGUAAAAGUGGCUUCACUGGUGACGGCAAAACGUGCACUGACAUAGAUGAAUGCACAACCAGUACCCACGACUGCCACGCUAAAGCUGAUUGUACAAAUACAGUCGGGGCAUUCACUUGCAAGUGUAAAAGCGGCUUCACUGGCGACGGCAAAGCGUGCACUGACAUAGAUGAAUGCACAACCAGUACCCACGACUGCCACGCUAAAGCUGAUUGUACAAAUACAGUCGGGGCAUUCACUUGCAAGUGUAAAAGUGGCUUCAUUGGUGACGGCAAAGCGUGCACUGACAUAGAUGAGUGCACAACCAGUACCCACGACUGCCACGCUAAAGCUGAUUGUACAAAUACAGUCGGGGCAUUCACUUGCAAGUGUAAAAGUGGCUUCACUGGUGACGGCAAAACGUGCACUGACAUAGAUGAAUGCACAACCAGUACCCACGACUGCCACGCUAAAGCUGAUUGUACAAAUACAGUCGGGGCAUUCACUUGCAAGUGUAAAAGCGGCUUCACUGGUGACGGCAAAACGUGCACUGACAUAGAUGAAUGCACAACCAGUACCCACGACUGCCACGCUAAAGCUGAUUGUGCAAAUACAGUCGGGGCAUUCACUUGCAAGUGUAAAACUGGCUUCACUGGCGACGGCAAAGUGUGCACUGACAUAGAUGAGUGCACAACCAGUACCCACGACUGCCACGCUAAAGCUGAUUGUGCAAAUAAAGUCGGGGCAUUCACUUGCAAGUGUAAAACUGGCUUCACUGGCGACGGCAAAGCGUGCACUGACAUAGAUGAAUGCACAACCAGUACCCACGACUGCCACGCUAAAGCUGAUUGUACAAAUACAGUCGGGGCAUUCACUUGCAAGUGUAAAAGUGGCUUCACUGGCGACGGCAAAGCGUGCACUGGCAUAAAUAAAUGCAACAGCGGUGGCCAUAACUGCCACGCGAACGCAGAGUGCAUCAAUACACCUGGGGCAUUCACCUGCAAGUGUAAAACUGGCUUCACUGGUGACGGCAAAGCGUGCACUGACAUGGAUGAAUGCACAACCAGUACCCACGACUGCCACGCUAGAGCUGAUUGUGCAAAUACAAUUGGGGCAUUCACUUGCAAGUGUAAAACUGGCUUCACUGGCGACGGCAAAGCGUGCACUGACAUAGAUGAAUGCACAACCAGUACCCACGACUGCCACGCUAAAGCUGAUUGUACAAAUACAGUCGGGGCAUUCACUUGCAAGUGUAAAAGUGGCUUCACUGGUGACGGCAAAGCGUGCACUGACAUAGAUGAAUGCACAACCAGUACCCACGACUGCCACGCUAAAGCUGAUUGUACAAAUACAGUCGGGGCAUUCACUUGCAAGUGUAAACCUGGCUUCACUGGUGACGGCAAAGCGUGCACUGACAUAGAUGAAUGCACAACCAGAACCCACGAUUGCCACGCUAAAGCUGAUUGUACAAAUACAGUCGGGGCAUUCAUUUGCAAGUGUAAAAGUGGCUUCAGCGGAGAUGGGAGAGUAUGCAGCGGCGCGGGUGAGAGGGACGUUGACGAGUGCAAAACCGGGGCCCAUAACUGCGACCCGAAUGCCGACUGCACGAAUACCAUUGGAGGAUUCUCCUGCAAAUGCCGACCAGGUUACGAAGGAAACGGAAUCAAAGGCACAUGCAAGGGUACGUAA